AUGCCCGCUCUGUCUGUCUCUGAUCUCCCCGCCGACAUCCUGCUACAUCUCAUCUCGUUUCUCGACCACAGCUCGGAUGUCCGUGCCCUGUCAGCAAUCAGUCCAGCUCUGCACGCCCUGAUCCAUGCCCACGACCUCAUCACCAAGACUCAUUACCGCAGCCUCCGCAUCAGCAGCAUCCGAGACGCGAAUCAUGCAUUCACCACCCUACUCGCCAUCCUGCGCAACCCCAAACUGGGCAGCUAUCUGCGCCACAUCGAGAUGGACAUUCCCAUCCGCUCACCACUAAGCUAUCUCCCGAGAAAACAUGAUCGAUCUCUGAGCGAGGCAGACAUGCAACUCCUCCGUCGUGCCAUCAACAAAGCCGGUUUCACCGCCACCGGAGAGGACCGCUUACUCAACAUGUUGAUGCAGGAGAUAAUUCCCGCCAGGGAUUGGGGAUAUCUCACAUACUACGAAACCAGCAGCGAACACGGCUUCUCCGGAAAAUCCACCUUCAUCGCCCAGGCUAUCACCACGCUCCUCGUCGCAUCUUCCCCCCAUCUGGUAUCAUUAGCCAUCUCGCCUCCAUUCUGGGAAUACACCUCUUCCCCACGUGACGACUCCCAAGAAGCCAUUUCUCUAAUCGCCGCCAAAAUCGAGAAAUAUCCCCUCGCCAAAUUCCUCAACCAGGCCAACUCGGCUAAUCUAACCAGAAGUAGUCCGUACCUGGGCCAACUAAAACACUUUCGCCUUCUCACGACGGCAGCUAAAUCCCCGGAUGCGCGGUCCCGGGCCUGUGCUCCACAAGACCUUCUUCUCUGUAUCGAGCUUGUCCAUGCCCUCCCGGGAAUCCAGUCAUUAUGUAUCCAAGCAAUUCAAGGGUUUGGGAAUGCAUCCGGCCCUGCAUUGGCGGGGAUUCUUCCGCCCGCGUCAUCGAAUAUCUCCUGUUUGGAUCUUAGGAGGUGUGACUUUAAAUCAGAGCUGUUGUGUAGGGUUAUCCGUGCGAUGAAGUGUCUGCGUGAGUUGAGGUAUUCGGUCGUGCAGGGGGGGUGUUAUGCGGGGUUUGUGGAGAUGUUUGAUCGAAGAAGUUUGAUUCAGGCUGUGCUUGGGCAUCGGGGGACGUUGGAGGUGUUGGAUUUGGAUUUUGAUGAUCGGUUGGGGCAGUUUGUUGUUUCUGGGGUGGAGGGGGAUGCUGGAGGGGAGGGGGAGGGGUUGAGGGGGUUUACGGUGUUGAGGAGUUUGAGUCUGGGAGUGCAUUGUUUGUGGUAUGUUGCUAGUGGGAUGGGUGUGGAGGAGGAGGUUAGAUUGGUGGAGUGUCUGCCGUCAAGGUUGGAGUUUCUUCGUGUUAGGGGGUAUGAGAGGGGGGGUUCAGUUAUGAUGGAUAGGAUGUUGGCUGGGAUGAAGAGGAGGUUGUCUGUGUUGAGGACUGUCGAGGGUAUUGAGCAGUGUAUACCUGUUGGGAAAUAGAUGCCAAUCUACAGUCACGCUAAUCCACACAAUCAGGCAGAAAAGUUACGACAACC